AAGAGGUUGAGUGUUCUUCUUUGAGUGAUCUAAAAUGGACUUUUUUUGGGUCUUUCUUCUGGUGUCAGAGAUGGUCCUGAUGUCCAGCGCUGCCCGAGGUCCCCCCAGAGUGUCAGAGCGAGUAGCCCAUCGACAGAGCAUUCGUCUGGGUCGCACCAUGAAGCUGCCCUGUCCUGUGGAAGGAGAUCCCCCUCCCCUCAUCAUGUGGACCAAAGAUGGCCGUAAUAUCCACAGUGGCUGGACGCGCUUCAGAGUGCUACAGCAGGGCCUGCGCAUCAAAGAGGUGGAGACUGAAGACGCUGGAACCUACAUCUGCAAAGCCACCAACGGCUUUGGCAGCGUCAACAUAAACUACACACUCAUUGUUAUAGAUGACUCCAGUUCAAGAGGUGGAGCAGGACCUACCAAUGGGGGGUCAGAAAACAUCCCGGACUUGGCUGGGAAACUCGUGCGCCCCCGCUUCACCCAGCCCGCCAAGAUGAGGAAGCGAGUGAUCAUCCGUCCCGUAGGCAGCUCUGUGCGUCUGAAGUGCACAGCCAGUGGGAACCCCCGACCUGACAUCGUGUGGCUCAAAGACAACAGGCCCCUGGUGGACGAGGACAGCAGGGCGGCUGCAGGGGGAGAACCCAAGAAGAAGAAGUGGACCCUGAGUUUGAAGAACCUCACUCCAGAGCACAGCGGGAAGUACACCUGCCAAGUAUCCAACCGGGCGGGACAGAUCAACGCCACCUACAAAGUGGAAGUCAUACAGCGCACCAACUCCAAACCCAUCCUAACCGGUACCCAUCCCGUAAACACCACUGUGGACUAUGGCGGUACGACCUCCUUCCAGUGUAAGGUGCGCAGUGACGUCAAACCAGUCAUCCAGUGGCUUAAAAGAGUCGAGCCUGGUGACGAGAACAAGUUCAACUCCACUAUAGAGGUUGGAGAUCAUCGCUUUGUGGUGCUGCCCACUGGGGAGGUGUGGUCCCGUCCUGAUGGCUCCUAUUUGAACAAGCUGCUCAUAACCAGAGCCAAAGAAGAAGAUGCUGGCAUGUACAUUUGCCUGGGUGCUAAUACAAUGGGCUACAGCUUCAGGAGUGCCUACCUGACCGUGCUGCCAGAUGUGAAGCCUCCCAUGACUCCUGUGACCACUGCCACGUCCCAGGGUCUGCCAUUGCCCGUUAUCAUUGGGAUCCCAGCAGGUGUGGCCUUCAUCCUGGGCACCGCUCUCCUGUGGUUCUGCCAAUCCAAACGCACCUGCUCCUCUUCCUCUUCUUCUUCCUCCUCCGCUCUCCCCGCUGCCCAGCGCCUACCCGCCUCCAACCGAGACCGGCCGUGUCCCACCCUCCCGACUCAGCCGGCCAAUGGGGAUAAAGACUGCGUGUCAUAUGAGGAUUACAUCGCUCAUCAGCAGCUGCUCCUUACACAGGGAGGCACGGGGUUAGCUCCCAAGGUCUACCCAAAAAUUUACACAGACAUACACACGCACACACACUCGCACGUGGACGGAAAAGUGCAUCAACACCAGCACAUUCACUACCAGUGUUAGCAGCACGGAAGGCGAGCAAGAUGUGCCAUUUUCAACUUGUACAGACUCACAACAAACUGCCAAAAAGCAAAACGAUAACCACAUUUCUACAGUGUAUGGAGAGAUAAGGGAACACACAAUAUGUCCUCAAUGUGCUGCAGCCACUUAUGGAACUUUUACCCAGCAAUGAAGAAUGUACAAAUACAGUACAAAGACUUAUUUCAAGCAACUUUCCAUUUUCAUACCAAGCUCAAAGUAACAACAAACUUAUUAACGUAGCAAUUCAUUCAUUCGUGGUACACAAAAAGCCACCAUAAGCCCUCAGAAUCCGCAAAAGGACUAACUGUGACUCUACAACUCUUCAAAUGCAGUUGCUCGUGUAUAUAUCGGAUUUUAAUUAUAGCACCUCUACUCUGCAGUUUCAUCUUGGCUCAUUUUUAAGGAGCAAAGAGCUGUAUAACACGUGUAAUGUAAUAACUUAAUUUCAGAGUGCAUAUCUCAGGCGGACUUCUAACCCGAGCCAUAAGAACCACAGAACAAGACGGGCUUCACUAAAUCUACACCCAGAAAGAGACGAGGGCCAACAGCCGUUCUGUACAGCUGCUACACGGACGCUGGGUGGAAAAAAAGAAGAGAUGUCAGAAUGAGUUACUGAGCAGGGGAGAGUCAGCGCUCCCUUAGCAGAUUCAUUUCAAAAGCAGAAACAAAAUCAUUUCAAUUUUACCCCAAUUUUUUUUUUUU